GAAUUCCAAAUACAAUACAUUCGUUCGAGUUCAUCUGAUACUUCUUGAUUAAAUUGCGUUAUUCCUGGGAUUACUAGUUUAUACUACAAUUCAAAUACUUCUGAUCAUCAUAUUGGCGUCGCGAUGGAGCCUGCGAUACAACAGUUGGACAUUCAUUCAACUUCUGAAGCUUUUGAGGAUUAUCUUGAAAGGUUUGAGAUAUGGAGCAUGACCAAGAAAGAUAUGAAGGGUGACAAAAUUGUGGCACAUUUUCUUACAUUCAUCGGUCAAGAAGCCUACAGUUUAUUAAAAACCUUGGCCUAUCCAGAUAAGCCGAUUUCACUCCCAUAUACAACUCUCAAGGAAUUACUAUUAAAUCAUGUGAAGUGCACCAGUUUUGAGUGUCGUGAGAGAGCAAAAUUUCAUAAGAUGAUUCGUCAGGAUAACCAGAAGGUUAAAGACUUCAUCCUUGAAUUGCAAAGACAAGCUGCCAAAUGCAAUUUUGAUGAUCAACUUCAUGUACAGUUGAGAGAUCGGUUAAUUGCUGGAAUUAACAUACCAGGUCUGGAAAAGGAGCUGUUAAGAAUGCCGAACUGUUCUUUUCAAGAUGCUAGAACUGCAUGUAUUAACUACGAAGCAGUGAAUGAACUUGAUAUUCAAUCGAUGAAAAUUUCUAAUACUUUGCUUAGUCGUCAUGAUGAAUUACAAUCUCAGGGUCGAUCAAAUUUGCGUUCGUUUAAUCGUGAUUGCUAUUCCCGUGGAAAUAUGAAAGGUGGUUUAACAAGGAACUGCAAAGCAAACAACAAAGGACACAUCCAGUCAGUGUGCAAAACUACUGUUCAUUUUGCUUUAAGUAUUACUAAGUCUGGUAACUUAGAUCCCAAUAAUUCGGCUGUUCUUGAUGAUCAUUUAUCUUUAUCCACCACUUCAAAAGAGAAUGUUCAUAUUCAAAAGCGAUUAUAUACACCCCUUGGUUCAUUUCAUGACUUUAUUGUGGACACAGGUAGUAUAGAGUCCAUUAUUUCAUUCAAGAACUUGAAAUCUUUAGAUCCUAAUGUUGUGGUAAAACCCACUGAGGUCUCAAUACUGGGGAUUACUGGACACAGACUACCUAUACGAGGAUGUUGUAAAUUGCUAAUAAGAGAUGAUAAUUCUUCAUACGUACCUUGUGAAUUUUUAGUUAGUGAAACAGGACUGUCCAUACUGGGUUUAAAAAAUCUGAAAAGGCUUAAAGUGGAAUUGUCUCUACUAGUUUCUACAGAGAAUUCUGAUGCUUUACUCAAGGAUUUGAUAGCUGUGUGUGCUAAGUGUAGUGGAGGUAUGAAAAUUCAGCCCAUAAAACUUCAAGUACAGGGUGAUCCGGUCUUUCUUAAAAGACGAAUAAUUCCUUAUGGUCUUCGAGAAGCAGUACAUAAGUCACUGAAUGAUUUGUGUGCGAAAGGUAUAAUUGAACCAGUUCAGUCCUCAGCAUGGGGUACUCCUAUUGUUACGCCAUUGAAGUCGGAUGGCAAGACCCCUAGAAUAUGCGGUGAUUACAGAUUGACACUGAACUCCCGUUUGUUGAAGCAAACAUGCACGACGAUGGAGGCUGAAGAUAUUCUAAAUCGGCUUCAUGGUUCUAAAGUGUUCUCGAAAGUUGACUUGAAAGAUGCUUAUCUUCAAAUCCCUUUAGAUCAAUCUUCAUCGAUCUUGACAACAAUUAACACUCCUUUUGGUCUGUUCAAAUACAACUUCCUUCCAUUUGGUCUUAGUUGUUCUCCAGCCAUAUUUCAAGAGGUCAUGAAUAAGAUAGUCAGCGAUAUUGAAGGUGUUGAAGUUUAUCAAGAUGAUCUCAUUGUUCAUGGUGCUGAUAAAGUAGUCCAUGACCAGAGACUUAUUGCUUUAUUGCGUCGUUUAAUUGAGAAGAAUAUUACAGUGAAUCCAAAUAAAUGUUCAUUUAGUGUAUCUAGUUUUGAAUGCCUUGGAUACCUAGUUGAUGGCAAUGGUUUUAGACCAGAUAUGAAACGACUAGCUCCACUGACAAAUGCACCGUCUCCAAAAAACAUCACAGAAUUACGUUCACUAGUGGGUGCUCUUCAGUACUAUUCUCGUUUUAUUCCUAAUUUUUCUUGUCGUGCCAAUUGUUUAUUUAAUAUUUUGACAUCCAAUUUAUUCAAAUGGGGUGAAGAACAAGAGUCAUGCCUACGAAGUCUGCUAAAGUUUCUUCAAAGUGAUGCUGUUCUUUGAACUUACUCACCCAGUGUACAUUCUGUUCUUAUUACUGAUGCGUCACCUGUAGGUAUUGGUGCAGUUUUGGAACAGGAAGGUAGGCCAGUUAUAUGUGUUUCACGCAAACUUUCUGUUGCUGAACAAGGUUAUUCACAAACGCAGCGAGAAGCGUUAGCUGUGUUUUGGGCUGUUAAAAGACUUCAUAAAUAUUUAUUUGGAAAGAAGUUUACCAUUGUUACUGAUCAUGAAGCUUUAAAGUUCAUUUAUCAUCCUGACAAAUCCUUAGCACGUUCCUCAGCUGCUAUGGUUCAACGAUGGAGUAUUGCUUUGAGUGCUUAUGACUAUACGAUUCAGCACAGGAGUGCAAAACAAAUUCAACACGUUGACUACAUUUCUCGACAACCAUUACAAGAUAGACCUGUUAAUACUUCAGACUGCUUGUUAGUGCAAUCUUUACCGGUGAGACGUCCAGAUCUCAUUAGAGAAACUCGUAGAUACUUUGGAUGUAUACUCAGUGCUAUACGGAAGGGUUGGAAUGCUAAUCUGAAACGUAGAUUUCCUGUCUAUUAUUCAAAGCGGGACGAGUUAUCUACUACUCCUGACGGUAUUUUGUGUUUAAAUGAUCGUGUUGUUAUUCCUCCUUCAUUACGCAAACCUGUCCUUGAUGAUCUUCAUAGUGGACAUCUUGGUGUUGAGAAAAUGAAGUCCUUAGCAAGACUCACAUGUUGGUGGCCAGAGAUAAAUGCAGAUAUAUGUCGUACAGCAAACAAUUGUGAGAAAUGUCAUAAGCUAAAAAGUCUGCCUUCGAAGUGGACUCCAUGGCCAGUAUCGUCUGAGGCCUGGCAGAGAAUUCAUGCAGACUACUGUGGUCCAUUUCUUGGCAAAUACUAUGCACUUGUAAUUAAUGAUUCUUUUUCUAAGUGGCCUGAAGUUAUUUUCACAACUUCACCGAAUUCUGACUUCACAAUUCAAGCAUUAAGGAAGGUGUUUAGUCGAGAAGGAGUUCCCAUGGUGUUGGUGACUGAUAAUGGCUCUCAUUUUGCUGCAGAUGCAGUCACUAAUUGGUUAAAUGGUAUAGGGUGCAGAUAUCUGUUUACGGCUCCCAGGCACCCUUGUUCCAAUGGUCAGGCAGAAAAUUUCGUAAGAACAUUGAAAAUUGCUAUUGAUUCUAUUGCUGCUUCGACAUUCAAUGAACUGGAGAGGGGAGUAGAUACAUUUCUACUUCAAUAUAGAAAUGCUAAGCAUUCUGUGACGAAAGAGACUCCAUCAAAGCUAUUAAAAGGAAGAAUUCUCCGUUCGAAUAUGAGGUGUUUGGAGUCUGCAGAAGUUACGUAUUAUCGUGGUAAUGAUAUUCGACCAGCCACGGGGAUCGUGGUGAAGAGUGUUGGAAAAACUAUGGUGCGAAUUCUGGAUAUCAAUGACUUGACCAUACAUAACCGACACGUUGAUCAAAUACAAUACCAGAAUCCAGGUGAGUCUGUUCCAAUUUCGGUUGUUAAUUCUAAUACUAAUGAGUACAUUCUAGAUAAUACACAGUCUACAUCCAAUACACCGUCGGACAGAUGUAAGAUGAACUUAAGAAGAGGACGAACAAUCGAUUACAGACACUUACACUCCAAUUCGAGCUGUGGCGGAUGUGAUGUUUAAAUAAAUCAAUGACUUCUUCGUAUUGAUGACUGUUGUAAUUUUGAAUUCCAAAUACAAUACAUUCGUUCGAGUUCA